AUGACGACGCUGUUGGACGCCCCGUGUUCAACCAGAGAUUGUGUUCCCGACAGGUCUAAUCUUUCACAACUGUCUGCCUUCCGUUCGAAUUCGUCUCAUGAACAAUUUUCAUCAACCCUCGGAAAGCCGCAUGAUAGUGGUUUUGAUGAUGACGACGACUCGGGACAAAUCACACACUUUUCACCGUCCUCGUUCAAGACGCCGACGAAAGAAUCAUCUUCCCCGGGAUCCAGUGAACUCCCUUCCAUGCCUAGCGAGAAAAGCAAUUCGCGCGGAUUCCCGGGAGAAUGCUCAUCCAGUGGUUGUCCUGUUUUUGAAGUAACAGACACUGAACGUUCAGCUAGUGAUUGUUCCCUGUCGCCAAACACCCAAAGACCGGAUGUUGUUAAUGGUGGUAUUGUCAGUCCAGCUUUGUUACGCUUGGAAGACACUAUCGAUUCUGUGUUGGAAAAGCUGGAAAACGGCUCUUAUCGUGACACCGGAUUCCCCACGGUUAGAGUGCAACCAACAACUCCUUGUUCCCCGGCAUCCCACACUCCUAGCCCUCUUUCCAUUCCGGUUACUACACGUCAUCAUACCAUACAGCACACGCCUUCACCGCGUCAGUCUCCAGUUGCAUUUACUUCAUCCAGCUGGUAUCCAACAUCUUCGGAAGGAUCACACUCUUUCUAUGAUACAAAUGGGUACCAGAAGUACGAUGCCUUCACAGACGUAGGUCGGUCGCAAGUUCCACAUUACCCAAGAAAUACAGCAUCGCUUCGUGCAUAUGAAACAAAUCCGGUGGUGGCGUACAGUUAUGGGAUUUCCGACACCCCCUGUUAUCCCAGCUCUCCCUUUCCCUACACUAAUGAGCUGUCACGCAUACCGGAAAAAUAUCGGCACAGUACUCCUCGAUAUUCAGGAUCAUUGUAUCCUGUUCCAGGUGGAAACCAAAGCAACCGUACUUUUGCCACACCCAAUUAUGCCAAUUAUCGAUUCAUGCAUCCGUCUGAUCAACACUGUUAUUCCACUAUCCCAUACCCUCCAACCAAUCGGAUGCGGACCUAUCAUCUACCCAUGGAUGAGACUAGGUCAUAUUACUCAGAAUCGCCUACCAUGUUCCCAAUGAGAUCUCAACAACCCCACGGAGGGAUCUAUCCGGAUUCAUCUGUUUGUGAUACACCUAUUCAUUGUGAUACACGGACUAUAACCACUCGUCCUUCAUCUUCACGGUACUAUUAUAUACCUAAAGACCCUUGCUCAACAAACCCUCCGCUUACCAGUGUGUCACAAAAUCAGCAAAUGCGUAAACAGGCUUAUGGAAUGUAUAAUGGACCAACGGACAAAAGGGUGCAGUGCUCACCUGGUCAAAUACCAGCUUCACACCCGAGGGUCGUCUCUUCUCCUAUGGCGAUGGCUACAUGUAGCACCAACGGCGCUGUACUCGAUGCCAAUCGCUCGGAUUUUUCUCCUAAGAGCUCUUGGUGCUCUGGUUCGCAACUACUUGCUGAUGCUGAUAAAAAUAAGUCAAUCAACGAAGGUGCCAAGGGUCUUAUCAACCAGAAACGUCGCCUUCCAUGUUCUGUUUCCGUACGUGGCACUAAGCGCCGUCGAAUGGUAUCGUCAAAAGGCCAUGUUUCCUUUAUUUCCUCGACUCUCACAGAAAACCUUGUGAGGUCUCUCCUCCUGCACAACGCUAGUCAAUAUUUGCACGAUCCUGUGAUUCACUUACCUGUUACUCUGUGUUCACCCACUCCUGUUCCAACAGUUACACAAUCUCUUUUACGAUUACCCACCCUCGAAAAGGCUCGUGUAUCAGAUUCAGACAGCGAAUUUGACCAAUCCCGCAAUCGCAAAUAUUCACAAUUUCCCAUGUGUCUGCGUUCACCCAAAUUAUGUUGUUCAGAUGACGCCUCUUUGUGUAGUAGGCUCAGUCAGUCUGUCGCAGAACACGCACAAUAUGAGAAACUCUUGAGUGAUAACUUCCUAAUAAAAGCAAUUCAAAACGCUUCAGUACGUAGUUCCCAAGUCUCCUAUCAGUUGCCUUCUCCGUCACGUAUACCGCCGGAUGAAUCCAACGAUCUGUUUGAUCACCCAUCACGCUACGAACAAAUGUCUCGCAACGGACCUUCACCAGUUGUCCGUCUGCGACAACACCUAAUUUCAUCUAAUCCAUCACAACUUGUUUCGACCAAUCACAGAGUUGAUAGUAGUCCUGAUUAUUCUGAAUUAGCGAUCUCUUCCGAAACACUAGACACAACUCGUUACACCACCUGCUCCCAUUGUUUGAUGCAAAUUCUUACACCCGAGGAUGCGAUUCGCUGGAGGCUCCCGGACGGUGACAGUCGAAUCCUAUUCUGCAGUUCAGUUUGCUUUCUUGCAUACCAAAACAAUAGUGUUGUUGAUAAACGGUUCAUCUCCACGCCAAUCACUCCAGGCACUUGUUUGACCAGCGUCACUUCUCUUUUGUCUGAUAAGGACCGCGCCGUCCCUGUGUUUCUCAAGAAGCUUUCAUCCUCUAAGUGGAUGCGGGGUUGUGGUAAAAGAUCUCUGUACGAAAAGGUCAAUCGACGCCGCCAUGAAAAUCAAACAUCACGUAUUCGUGAACUGUUGGGUGUCCGUAGAGUGUCGUGGCGGUGGUACGGCAGCCGAUGGCGCAAGUUUCGCGGUACAUUUUCAAACCGGAAACACCAUUUUCAGUCAGGAGAUACACGCGCAAAAUCUCGUUCUUUACAAAGCAUACAGAGAACACUGAAUUCCUGUUCCUCCAAUCUACUUUCUACAAGGUCAGGCGUGGAUUUUUAUCCAGAUAUUCGCAUCUGUCGUUUAUGUCAUCAAACAGGCGAUGCGGCGGAGGAGGUAGCCGGUCGCCUUCUAAACUAUGAUUUUGAUGUGUGGUUACAUUUGAAUUGCAUUUUAUGGUGCUAUGAUACCUAUGAAACUGUGAGUGGUAGUUUGGUUCACGUUGCUAGAUCGUUGAAAAAAGCUGAAAAGACUCAGUGUACCCAUUGUGGACUAUCAGGCGCUGGUUUGCCGUGUUUUCAUUCGGAUUGUCCAUCCGUUUAUCACGUGCCUUGUGCGCAUAAAAUUGGUUGCUCAUUCUAUGGUGAUCGUGGCAUGUAUUGUCCGGAACACGACACUAUUGAAACCAGUUACCCGCGUCUGAAUUCACUGGCUGUGGAUAGGCGAGUUUUUAUCGCACGCGAUGAGGAUGCUCAAGUUGGCGGCAUUAUUUUGAAGGUUAAUCAACUGUUAGACGCAACUUCACUGAAGCACGAUGUUUCAGCCAGGCUCCGCGUCGGCGGUCUUGUUCUACACAACGUUGGGCAACUCCUACCGGAACAACUGUCCAGCGGUUUAUAUCACAACACCAGUUUCAUUUAUCCUGUGGGAUACUCCAGUACUCGAAUUUAUUGGUCCUACAGGCAUGUUGAUCGGCGCUGUCGUUAUCAUUGUCGUAUAGAAGAUUCUGGCCCAACUGAAGGCACCGCAUCUAAUGAUAAUCGCACCUCAGCCCUUGGCGCGAGGUUUGUGGUCGAAGUGGAUGAAACAGGAGAGCCACCAGAUUCAUUUGAAGAUGUCAGUUGUGAUGGUGUUUGGCAACAGAUACUUACACGUAUCAAUGAAAAACGACGUGUACCUAGGACCAACUAUCUUCGAAUCUUCCAAAAUUAUCUAAUUGGUGAAGUAUUAUAUGGUUUGACAGAACCACACAUAAUCCGCGCAAUUGAGUCUCUACCUGGAGUAGAUCGUUUGAACAACUACGCUUUUAAGUUUGGACGUCUCCAAUUGAUUCAAGAAAUGCCGUUGGCCAUUAAUCCCACCGGCUGCGCAAGAUCCGAACCGAAGCUACGUACACAUGUUCGUCGGCGUCAGAUAAGUGAGGCGCACGCCACACAGCAUGUUCCGUUAACCCGAAAACCAGCUGGUUUCCACGGGACAUGUACGCCCCUACGUUCCAACCCCGGAAGUCCGGUUUAUCUUUCAUCAAACUCGUCCAUGAUCCAAAGCAAGUCCCAGCAGUAUCGACGUUUGGGAAGCGAAUGGAAGAUGAAUGUUGUGCUUGCUAGAUCUCGUAUUCAGGGUCUAGGCUUGUUCGCAGCACGUGACAUAAAUAAGCAUACGUUCAUCAUCGAAUACCUCGGGGAGUUGAUACGAAACGAAGUUGGAAAUCGCCGCGAGAGAUUAUAUGAGUCACAAAAUCGCGGUGUGUACAUGUUUCGUGUUGAUGAUGAUUAUAUCGUGGAUGCUACAAUGUGUGGUGGUCUCGCUAGAUACAUCAAUCAUUCCUGUGACCCUAACUGUACGGCCGAAGUGCUGACUUGCGACAACGGUAGCCACAUUGUUAUUAUUGCCAAACGUAACAUAGAGAAAGGCGAGGAAUUAACCUAUGACUACAAAUUCGACAUUGAAGAAGAUCGUUGGGAUCGUAUUCCAUGUUUGUGUGGUGCUUCAAAUUGCCGUCAGUGGAUGAAUUGA